AUGAACGGAAACUUGAAGACUCCCACAUUGACUCAGAUCUCCCCAAAUGCUGUGGUCUCACCUGGAGAAGUCCUUCAGUUCAGAUGUUCCACACCCAGCCCAACAUGCAUCUCUGUAGACUUCAGUUUGUAUAAAACUGGAACAUCAAUAGAGAAGCAAACUGCAGAAUCUACAACAACAUUUAAUCUGACUGUAGAUGCCUCACAUCAGGGCCAGUACACCUGUGACUACUCAUACAGGGAAAGUAACUCCACAUCAUCCUGGAGCAACUCCAUCAGCAUCACUGUAGCCAGCGUUCUUACUGCUUCCCUGCUGGCUGAUGGCGCUAAUAUACGACUCGCUGGUGGUAAUCACUCCUGCGCUGGUAGAGUGGAAGUCUAUCAUAAUAACCAGUGGGGAACAGUGUGUGAUGAUAACUGGGACAUAAAUGAUGCGCAGGUGGUGUGUAGACAGCUUGGAUGUGGUAAUGCUGUCAGCGCUCAUCAAAGUGCCCACUUUGGUCAGGGAAGUGGUCCAAUAUGGCUGGAUAAUGUUCAGUGUUCUGGAAGUGAAAGCACCAUCACACAGUGUUCUCAUAAUGGAUUUGGUAUACACAACUGCGGCCAUGGUGAAGAUGCUGGUGUUACUUGCUCAGAGAGUAAUCAGGUCAGACUGGUGAAUGGUCAGAGUAACUGUUGUGGUCGAGUGGAGAUCCAGCACAAUGGCCGUUGGGGAACAGUGUGUGAUGAUGACUGGGACUUAAAGGAUGCAGAGGUGGUGUGCAGACAGCUUGGAUGUGGUAAAGCAGUCAGCGCUCCUCCUAAUGCCCGCUUUGGUCAGGGAAGUGAACCAACCUGGCUGGAUGAUGUUCAGUGUACUGGAACUGAGAGUGUAUUAGAUCAGUGCUCACACAGAGGAUUUGGAGUAGAGAACUGUGGAGAUGGAGAAGAUGCUGGAGUCGUGUGCUCAAACAUGCAGAGUCCUACAUUGACUCAGAUCUCCCCAAACUCUGUGGUCUCACCUGGAGAAGUCCUUCAGUUCAGAUGUUCCACACCCAGCCCAACAUGCAUCUCUGUAGACUUCAGAUUGUAUAAAACUGGAACAUCAAUAGAGAAGCAAACUGCAGAAUCUACAACAACAUUUAAUCUGACUGUAGAUGCCUCACAUCAGGGCCAGUACACCUGUGACUACUCAUACAGGGAAAGUAACUCCACAUCAUCCAAGAGCAACUCCAUUACCAUCACUGUAGAUGGCGCUAAUAUACGACUCGCUGGUGGUAAUCACUCCUGCGCUGGUAGAGUGGAAGUCUAUCAUAAUAACCAGUGGGGAACAGUGUGUGAUGAUAACUGGGACAUAAAUGAUGCGCAGGUGGUGUGUAGACAGCUUGGAUGUGGUAAUGCUGUCAGCGCUCAUCAAAGUGCCCACUUUGGUCAGGGAAGUGGUCCAAUAUGGCUGGAUGAUGUUCCGUGUUCUGGAAGUGAAAGCACCAUCACACAGUGCACUCAUAGAGGAUUUGGUAUACACGACUGCGGCCAUGGUGAAGAUGCUGGUGUUACUUGCUCAGUGUUGGGCCCGAAUCCACCUUUGUCGAGUUCAAGUCACGACCAAGUCCUUAACCAAUCGAGUCCAAAAGGGGUCGAGUUGGACUUAAGUCCAAGUCCUUAAUGGCAGAUCCAGAGUCGAGUCCGUCCGAGUCCAGAAAGUAAUUCAAUUGAAAAAAGAUUUGAAAUUGCAGUUGUAAACUCAACACUGAGCUGUUAAAUUAACAUUUUAACCUAAUGGGAUUAAAACUACCCCACAACUCUAGCAUUUUCACAUAAUCAUUUUACAGAUUCCAGAAACACAAGCAAGAGUCUUAAAGAAAAGAACGAGACAAGUGCAAAACCUUACUGUGAAAUCACAGAAACCAUUUUCCACCAUAAGGAAAGUGGACAUUGGAUUUUCCAUUGAUAAUAUGCUCUUAUUUUAAUUACAGGUGGCUCUUUUUUAAUUGCAAGUUACAUGGAUUUCAAAAUCAUAUUCAGUCUAUAAAAAUACUACUAUAUUGUAGCUAUGUGCCUGCAUCAUAUUGCAUCACUUUAUUGUUUUUACUCACUAGUUUAGUAGUCAUCUAAUGAUCAACUAUGGACUCUGGGCAGUGUUUACUUUUGUUACUAUUGCUCAAUACAUAUGGUAUAGUAUGUAUGUGCUAUAUGUAUGCAUGUACGAAUGUACAGAUAUAUGGAAAUAAAUAAGUAUGCCCCAUGAAAA